GGGGAGGUCGCCGGGGCCGCGUGUGCCGCCGUGGACGCGAGCGCCCUCGCACGACGCCGACCCGGCAGGAGCCGAGUGGGAAGGGGCCCGGGGCCCCGGGGCCAGCCUGCCCGGGCCGUCCUUACUCGCUCCCGCCCUCGCGGCCUAGCUGGAGCCUAGGGAGAGUGCUGGGCCCGGCCUGGACCCCCUCCCUGAGGGGACCCCGCCCCGGGCUCCUGGGACCGGGGGUGGCCGGGGAGGCCGAAGCGCAGUCUGGCGUCCUGCGUGGAGUGCCGGGAGAGCGGAAGGCCCUGGUUCCCUCGCGCCCAAGUCCCCGAACGGGGGCGGGUGGAUGGGACACCAGGCCCAGGCAGCCGCUAGCUCCUCGGUGCACUAAGCCCUUUUGGCCCCGCGGGGCACGCGGCGAAGACUACAGCUCAUCAGCUUCGGUCUGUGCGUCCCAGCCGGCCGAAUCCCACCCCCCAACCUCGUCCGCGUUGCCCAAGGCUUGCACAGACUUCUGCGGGGAAGCCUGCGCCCGGCUGUACGGUCGCCUCGCCUUGUGCUCCUUCCAGUCACUUAGAAAACCCACCUCCUACCCAGGUGGGAGGUCCCUAGUUAGGGGUCCACUAGGGCCCUGAGGGCCCUGGAGGCUUUUCUGCCUUGUGUCAGGGGUCAGAGGUCAGCAGCAAAGGAGCAGAUUCCUGCUGAGUCAUCUGCCGGGGUGGGAUAAGUGCUCCCCCACCUUAGGGCAGGCAUUUAGUAGGCGGAUGUGUGAGGAGCCCUGCUGUUGGGGCCCUGUCCACUGCCCAGUCCACAGUUGAGGGGUGUGCAAGGUGAAAGGAAUAAAGGCAGUGGGGACAUGGGGAUUACUGUGUGAGGCCAUGCAGGGCCACCUGGUGUGGGCACUCAGGAUGGGCCCCCCCUUCCUGACGAGUCCUGUCUGCUGAGGUGGUUCCUGGGCACCAUGGCACCUGUCCCCCCCCCACCCCCGCCACCUGCCAGCCUGGACAGUUCUGUUGAUUCCCCUCCCAGUGAAGCACGGAGGACUGCAGGGCUCCCCAGCUUGGGAAGGCUCCCUCUCCACCAUAGGAUAGUGCCCACAAGCCUUGCCUGGUCUGACGCUGACCCCACGCAGCCAAAUUCCAGUGUCUUCCCGCCCCCCACCCUCUGUUGGACACUGUGGGAGACACUCCCCCACGGUGACCAGGUACAGUGGGAGACCCCACUACAGACAGACCUGCACCUUGUGCCCCAGUGUGGUCCGCCCCUGAGAGCAGUGUGGGCAUCUUGUAUGUAACUGUGUAGGGGCUGGUACCCUGAUGAAGGAACGGCAGAACAGCUUUCCCUCAGACCGUCCAGCAGGUAGCCUCGCCCAGCCCCACGGCACGUCCAAUCAGCCUGUCACCCCCCCAAGGGAGAGUGGACAGGAGAGGUUCCUCAGGUCGUCAUACACAGCAGUCUUGGCCCUGACAUCCUCCCGUUCCCAGCUGCCUCCAACCACCCAGUGACCCCAGCCAGUCCAGCAACCAGCUGCCCCUGAGGACUGGGCCACACUGUGCAGUCUGGCAGGACCAGCAUCUGGGAACCCGUGAGCUAGGUGGGAUCCGAAUCCGGCUCAGUCCCAGCCCCAAGCAGCAGCUGGGGUGGGGUGGGCAGUGCCUGGCACUCUCCUUCCAGGGUAGGAGGAGGACAGGUAUCCGGGCAGUUCAGGGAUUGGAGAUUGAUGCCCCCUAGGAAUCUAAAAGAGGCCCCCAUGUGGCCUUCCAGAGCUAAUGGCAGCUUCUCCCAGCCUAGGCCCCCUCACAGGCCCUUGGGAGGCAGGUGGACUGGAGUGGAUGAGGUGGGGCUUAGGUGUCAGUGUGAAGUUGGGACAAGGGGAGACGCAUAUCUGGAGCCCAGGAGGAGCCCAAUGGCCACGGCCAAGGAUUCAGGCUUUAUCCAGAGCACGGGGGGAGCAGGGCAUGACCAGAGACAGAAGACCACCACUGGCACACAGGUCUGGGCUUAGCCAUGCAGGACUCUAAGCUUCUGGAGAGAGGAGGCUGCUGCCCGGAUCUUCCAGGGGAUGUCGCCCAGAGAGUUUUUAUCUAAGGUGGCACGGUGGCUAGAGAAGUGGAGGGAUGGGUCAGAGGGAAGGGAGUGGUCCUGGAGGACAGGAACAAAGGGCAAAGGUCAGAGUUUGGAGGGCUGUGAAGUCUGUGAAUGGGUUGUGGGGCUCAGAGUGUGUGAGCCCAUAGGAUGGGUGCAGGUGUGGCCAGGGACUGCGGACUUAAUGGCCCCUGGCCCCGACAUGGCCCGUCGCUCCCAGAGCUCCUCGCAGGGGGACAACCCACUGGCACCCGGGUACCUGCCGCCUCACUACAAAGAGUACUAUCGCCUGGCGGUGGAUGCCCUGGCUGAGGGGGGGCCGGAGGCCUACAGCCGCUUCCUGGCGUCCGAGGGGGCACCUGCCUUCCUGUGCCCCGAGGAGCUGGAGCACGUGAGCCGCCACCUGCGGCCCCCACAGCAUGUUGCUCGCGAUCCCCCAGAAGACAGCCCCCCCAAUGUGGACAUGGAUGGCUCCUCAGGCACCUACUGGCCCAUGAACUCAGACCAGGCAGUGCCCGAGCUUGACUUGGGCUGGCCCCUGACCUUCGGCUUCCAGGGCACUGAAGUCACCACGCUGGUCCAGCCUCCACCGCCGGACAGCCCCAGCAUCAAGGAUGAGGCUCGGAGGAUGAUCCGCUCUGCCCAGCAGGUGGUGGCCGUGGUGAUGGACAUGUUCACCGACGUGGACCUGCUCGGUGAGGUGCUGGAGGCAGCCGCUCGCCGCGUCCCGGUCUACAUCCUCCUGGACGAGAUGAACGCGCAGCACUUCCUAGACAUGGCCGACAAGUGCCGCGUCAACCUGCACCACGUGGAUUUCCUGCGCGUGCGCACUGUGGCGGGCCCCACCUACUACUGCCGUACUGGGAAGUCCUUCAAGGGCCACGUGAAGGAGAAGUUCCUGCUCGUGGACUGUGCCGCGGUGAUGAGUGGGAGUUACAGCUUCAUGUGGUCCUUCGAGAAGAUCCACCGAAGCCUGGCGCACGUGUUCCAGGGCGAGCUGGUCUCCAGCUUCGAUGAGGAGUUCCGCAUCCUGUUCGCUCAGUCCGAGCCUCUGGUGCCCUCGGCGGGGGCGCUGGCCCGCAUGGACGCUUACGCCCUGGCUCCGUACGCGGGAGCUGGGCCCCUUAUGGGCGGCCAGGUGACCGGGGCGCCGACGCCUUUCUCCUUCCCCAAACGAGCGCACCUUCUGUUCCCACCGCCUCGGGAAGAGGGCCUGGGUUUCCCCUCCUUCCUCGACCCCGACCGCCACUUCUUGUCGGCCUUCCGCCGGGAGGAGCCAGCGCGGAUGACCGCGGGAGCCCUGGAGCCGCACGCGGGGCUGCGGCCGCUGUCGCGGCGGCUGGACGCCGAGGCAGGACUAGGGGGAGAGCUCGCGGGCCCGCGGGGCUUGUUCCAGGCCCGGCAUCUGGAGAUGGACACCUUCAAGCGGCACAGCUAUGCGGCCGCCGAUGGCACCGGCGCAGUGGAGAACUUUGCGGCCGCGCGGCAGGUGUCACGGCAGACGUUCCUCAGCCACGGUGACGACUUCCGCUUCCAGACCAGUCACUUCCACCGUGACCAGCUCUACCAGCAGCAUUACCAGUGGGACCCGCAGCUUGCGCCGGCGCGUCCGCAGGGCCUGUUCGAGAAGCUGCGCGCUGGCCGCCCCGGCUUCGGGGAGCACGACGACUUUGCGCUAGGGCCCGGGCCACGUUUCCCCGAGCUCGGCCCCGACGGACACCAGCGGCUGGACUACGUGCCGUCCAGUGCGUCGCGCGAGGUGCGCCACGGCUCAGAUCCCGCCUCGGGGCCCGGGCCCCGCGGCCUGGAACCCAGCGGGGCCCCACGCCCCAACCUGGGCCAGCGCUUCCCUUGCCAGGCAGUGGCAAGGCUGGGCCCAGACGCCGCGCCCGAUGCCGACCAGGAGCGCAGAGGCGGGCCCGAGGGGCGGGCCGGGCUGCGGCACUGGCGCUUGGCCUCCUACCUGAGCGGUAGCCAUGGCGAGGACGGGGGCGAAGAGGGCCUGCCGGCACCCAUGGAGGCUGAGGCCUAUGAAGACGAUAUUCUGGUGUCCGGGGGCCGAAUGGGCCCCGGGGACCUGCUCCCCUCAGCCUCCCGUGCGCCCAUAUCCUUUCCGGCCAAGGGCCUGGUGCCCUGCCCCGGCGGUGGCGACAGCCCAGAGCGCGAGGGCCUGGAGGAGGCAGGUCUGGCCAAGCAGGACUCCUUCCGCUCGCGUUUGAACCCGCUGAUCCAGCGCAGCUCGCGCCUGCGCUCCUCCCUGAUCUUCAGCGCUUCGCAGGCCGAGGGCGCCGGUGGGGCCAUGGGGGCCACCAUUGAGAAGGCGCAACUGCUGCACAAGGAGCAGGCAGUCACCGAGGCGCUGGGCCCCAGUGGCGAGGCCAUGCACUCCGCCACGUCCACCAAGGUGGCCGAGCUCCUGGAGAAAUACAAGGGUCCGGCGCGUGAUGCUGGAGGGGCGGGGGCCCCGGUCACAGUCGCCAGCCAUAGCAAGGCUGUAGUGUCCCAGGCGUGGCGGGAGGAGGCGGUGACGCCGGGUGGGGCAGGGGGUGGGGUGGGGAGCGAGCGCCGCAGCCUCGAGAGCUGCCUGCUGGACCUGCGCGACUCCUUCGCACAACGGCUGCACCAGGAGUCCGAGAGGCAGCCCGGAGCUGCCACGCUUACUGCCACCCAGCUGCUAGACACGCUGGGCCGGAGCGGCACUGACCGGCUGCCCUCCCGCUUUCUCUCUGCCCAGGGCCGCUCCGCCUCCCCACAAGGGCGGGUCAGCCCCCCGCUGGAGGGGCCCGGGCCGCGCCAGGCACCUCACCCUGAGCCAAAAGGGAGCCCCACCUCUGCCUACCCUGAGCCGAAAGGGAGCCCCACCUCGGCCUAUAAUGAGCGCAGGGGCAGCCCAGUCCCCCCUGUGCCGGAGCGCAGGGGCAGCCCGGUGCCCCCUGUGCCGGAGCGCAGGGGCAGCCCGGUCCCCCCUGUGCCGGAGCGCAGGGGCAGCCUAACCCUUACCUUCUCCGAGGAGUCUCCCAAGACUGGGACCGUGGAGGAGGCGGCUGGCGGCCCCAUGGAAGUCCUGCGCAAGGGCUCCCUGCGCCUCCGCCAGCUGCUGAGCCCCAAGGGGGAACGGCGCACAGAGGAAGAGGGCGGCUUCCCAGCGCCGCAGGAGAACGGGCAGCCCGAGAGCCCCCGGCGGCCGUCGCUGGGCAGGGCUGAUAGCACCGAGGCUGCCGCUGGAGACGAGCGGGGCCCGCGGGCGCGCAUGGCCUCCGCCACGGCGAACGCCUUGUACAGCAGCAACCUGCGGGAUGACACGAAAGCCAUUCUGGAGCAGAUCAGCGCCCACGGCCAGAAACACCGCGGGGUCCCCGCCCCGGCCCCCGGCCUGGCUCACAGCAGUCCUGAACUAGGCCGCUCACCAGCUGCUGGCGGCCUGGCCCCUGACAUGUCCGACAAGGACAAAUGUUCCGCCAUCUUCCACUCGGACAGCCUGGGGACGCAGGGUAGGCUAAGCCGCACCCUGCCCACCAGCGCGGAGGAUCGCGACCGGCUACUGCGCCGCAUGGAGAGUAUGCGCAAGGAGAAACGCGUUUAUAGUCGGUUUGAGGUCUUCUGCAAAAAGGAAGAGGCCGGAGGCCCAGGGACAGGGGAGGGCACAGCAGAGGACGACACCAGGGACAGCAAGGUGGGCAAGUUCAUGCCCAGGAUCCUGGGUACUUUCAAAAAGAAGUGAGCCUCCUGGCCCGCCAGCUCCGGACCGGGCGCCUGCCUCACUGCCGCCACCACCAGGCGGAGCACCUGGCUCUCCCGUCAAGGCAGCAUGCGAGCGGCUGAGCACAGCCGGAGCUCGGCUCCGCCUGGAGCUUUCCCAGUAGCUGCCUUGCCUUUGGUCCCGGCCUCUUUCCACGCGGGCGCCAGCCCCUCACCGCCUCUAGCUCCGUCCCUGCCCCUGUGCCCUGAGUCUCCCCCUUCCUACGCAUCUGCCUCCAUCUCCUCUUUGGGCUUCAGGUCCCCUUUAGACCUUCGUUCACCUCAGGGCCCCAUCUUUUUGUGCCUUAGGGCCCCCACCUUUUGGGGGGCCCAUCUCUGUGCCUUGGUCCCCCAUCUUUGGGGGCCCCACGUCUCAGGGCUUCCGUGUCUCAGGGUUCCCCUCUGCUCACUGCCUCCUGGCUCUGCGGCUUCCUCGCUGCUGCCUCUCUUCUGUGUCCUGGCAGCCCCAGCCCCUCUCCCUGGGCCUCCCACCUCCCCGGGGCUGGGGUCUCCCCCUCCAGGGGGCUCAGGGCUCACUUCCUGCCCUGCUUGCAUUCCUCCUCACUGCCUCCUGGCACCCUCCUCAGUGGCCCGUCCUUUCAUUUUGGGGGGCAGGGCUGGCUGCAGGCCAUUUGUGCUGGCGGUGGGACCAGACCCAAAGGUGGUUCCUCUCGGAAGUGCUGUCCGCUGGGCCGCUGCGGGGGGUGGGGGGUGAGUGGGGCCCAGAGGACCCCUGAGAGACUGUCCUGCCAGGAGAACUGAGGCCAACCUGGGCCCCUUCCUGCAGGGCUUCAGCCAGCACCCCAGCACCCGGCAAGGGGUGAGAGCAUCGGGUUUUGGAGCACAACAAAGCCAGGGCUGGAUGGAUGCUGGGCCUCGGCCAUGCCCUGGAAAAGGGCUGGAUGGGAAAGCUUAUGAACAGGGGAGGGGAGGGGUGCAGUGGGGUGGUGCCUGAGUCCUAGCCCAUUGCUCCAAGGGUCCUGACCCUUCAGGUGCUCAGCGGACCCUGCCUGACUCCACCCUGUUCUGGAUCCCUCCCUCUUUGUCACCGGCCUGCCAAGUUGAAGUUUCCCCACCUACCCUUCUUCUUUUUCACCUCUGGAGAGUGACUUUGAUUUGGAAUAACACGUUUUGACGCCUGCCGCUUAGGACGUGCCCUGCUGUAAGCGCUAGCGUUGUGGAAGCAGCAUUUCUGCAACUGGUUUGCUUUGCUUUGUGUUCAAGAAUAAGAAACCGCAAUCACUCAGACUGGGAAAAGAUUUAAGGAACAAGGCCGUGGAGCAAAGGCAGCAGUCUGACUCCAAACAGCGGGAGAAGGGCGGGCGGGGUGGGGGCUGGGGGUACUCUGGUUCAGGUGGAAAAGGUCACCGAGGAGCCAGAUGUGCUGGACUGUUCCUUGGCCUUGAGGUGCUUGCUGACACGUGUGCUAUGGCGUGGCUUGCUGUGGCCCCGUUGCUCAGGGGGAGCCCUUGCAGCCUCCUGUCUGCGUCCUCCACGUCGUGCUGAACAACACAUUUCAGAUGUCAGUCUGCACAUUUUGGUGUUAAUAAAACACAACAAAAUACUCCA